UCUCUCUCAUCACUAACCCUUCUCUCUUUCACUUUCCAAAUUCUCUCUCUCUCUUUUUCUUGAAUUUUUGAAAGAUGGCUCAAGAAGAGGUACAAAAAGCAGCUGAUGUCGCCGCCGCUGCUUCCGUGACUGAGAAACCUAUGACUGAUAAGGAAGUUACGGUUCCUACCCCUGUGCCAGAGAAGGAGGAAGUGGCUGCUCCUCCUGCCUCUGAGGAGAAGGAGGCGGUUCCGGAGAAAGAGUCCUCCCCGGUGGUUGAAGAUGAGAAAUCUGUUCCGGCGAAGGAGGAAGAGACUGUUGUUGUAGCUGAGAAGGUGAUUGUUUUGACGGCUGAGGAAGUUCAGAAGAAGGCACUUGAAGAGUUCAAGGAGCUUGUGAGGGAGGCUUUGAACAAACGGGAGUUCACUGCUCCCGUGAAGGAAGAGAAACCUGCUCAGGAGGAGAAGAAAACAGAGGAGGAAACUAAAGCAGAGGAGAAAACAGAGGAGAAGAAAGAAGAGACAGCCACUGAGGUGAAGGUUGAGGAAGAGAAGCCUGCGGUUCCAGCGGCGGAGGAGAAGUCAUCAGAGGCGGCUCCGGCAGAAACCAAACCCGAAGAGAAAGCAGCCACUGAAACAACCGAGAAAGCCUCUGUUGCUGAGGAAGAUGGAACCAAGACCGUUGAAGCGAUCGAAGAAUCGAUCGUCUCUGUUUCACAACCCGAAUCCGCCGUGGUAGAGACCGUGGCCGUCGCCGAGGAGGAGCCAGUUGAGCCGGAAGAAGUCUCGAUCUGGGGAGUUCCACUCCUCCAAGACGAGAGAUCCGACGUGAUCCUCACGAAAUUCCUCCGUGCAAGAGACUUCAAGGUCAAAGAAGCUUUAACCAUGCUCAAAAACACCGUCCAGUGGCGUAAAGAAAACAAAAUCGACGAGCUCGUCGAAUCAGGAGAAGAAGCGAGCGAGUUCGAGAAGAUGGUAUUCGCUCACGGUGUUGACAAAGAAGGACACGUCGUGAUCUACAGCUCCUACGGUGAGUUCCAGAACAAAGAGCUUUUCUCCGACAAGGAGAAGCUUAACAAGUUCCUCAACUGGAGGAUUCAGCUGCAAGAGAAGUGCGUGAGAGCUAUCGAUUUCAGCAACCCCGAAGCCAAAUCUUCGUUCGUGUUCGUCAGUGACUUCAGGAACGCUCCAGGACUCGGCAAGAGAGCGUUGUGGCAAUUCAUCAGACGUGCUGUUAAACAAUUUGAAGAUAAUUAUCCUGAAUUCGCCGCUAAAGAGCUAUUCAUCAAUGUGCCAUGGUGGUACAUACCUUACUACAAAACAUUCGGAUCUAUCAUCACAUCGCCAAGGACUAGGAGCAAGAUGGUCCUUGCUGGUCCAUCCAAAUCUGCCGAUACGAUUUUCAAAUACAUAGCUCCUGAACAAGUCCCAGUUAAAUACGGCGGACUUAGCAAAGAGGUUCCUGCAGCCACUGUAGAAACCGUAACAGAAGCUAUCGUUAAACCGGCAGCAAACUACACCAUUGAAUUGCCUGCUUCUGAGGCAUGUACGCUCUCAUGGGAGCUUAGGGUUUUGGGCGCAGACGUGAGCUAUGGAGCUCAGUUUGAGCCAACCACCGAGGGAAGCUAUGCUGUGAUCGUCUCUAAAACCCGGAAGAUUGCAUCAGCUGACGAACCGGUGAUAACCGAUUCUUUUAAGGUGGGUGAACCGGGAAAGAUUGUGAUCACAAUCGAUAACCAGACUUCCAAGAAGAAGAAAGUGCUUUACAGGUUCAAAACUCAACCAAGAUCUGAUCUUUGAAACUUUAAAAUCCAAGAACCAAGAAAGAAGCAAAAAAAGAAGAAAGUUAUUUUGUUAUUUGGGGGGGAACAAAAUUUUAAUUAAUUAAUUUAGUUUGUUAUAUUAUUUAUUAUGUUUGAAAUCUCAAGACGUGGUUGUGUUU